AUGGUCGUCGACAUGAUCCGCGCCGUCGCCGAGUACCUGGGGCGUUCUGGAUCGUGGCAUCAACGUUUCAUGGAGCUGCAGGAGGUAUUCACGGCCACAAACUUCGAGGUGCAAGGGAUACACGAGAUUCGGUGGCUUUCGAGGGGUGCUGCCGUCGCGCAGUUCGUCGAAGUCCUGCUCGCCAUCGUGGUGAUGCUGUCAGAGUGGAAGGACCAGAUCAUGUACGAGCUCAUCACGUCAUACCGAUUUCAGUUCCUGCUCAGGUUCCUCGCGGACGUUCGGGAGCUGCUCAACGUUCUCUCCAAGGUUUUCCAGCAGCGGGAGGAAGUAUAUGAUAUGUUUAUCGGACAGACACGUCAUCACCACGCAUGCGUGGCGCUCUGGACCGACAUGGCUGAGCUCCUCGUCCAAAACCUGCAGGCAAAGCUUGGAGACCUUGACUAUCUUUCCAGCGUAAGACUCUUCAUCCUGGACUUGUGGCAACCGAACUGGGAGCGGCACGCACGGCAGGCACAGUGCCUGGAGUGGCUGUUGUCGCUAGUCACUCUGUUUCGCGUUGAUGACUCCGACGAGAUCCUACCAGGUUAG